CAAUAAUGUCAGAAUAUUUUAGAAAAUACAUUAAAAAAGAAAAUUAUGCUAAUCAUUUGUAAUUUAAUAUCUAAUUUUUAGUACUAAUAUCAAAUAUAAAACAUCUUUUAGAAAUUGCAUCUUAGAAGUAUGAUUGAAUGAAUAAAUAAUGAAAGGCAUUUAAGAGAAGAAAUUGGAAAGAAACUGAUGGUGACGAUUGGGAUAUAAUGUGGGCUGAAAAAGAAUGGAUUCAUGAAGUGAUGGAUCAUAUUCAUUUGCAAUCUCAUUAAAAAAUUAAUCAUUUUCGUAAUCAUUAUGAGGUAUAUCUAUGAAUAUUUAUUCUGUUUAGUUAACUCGUAAAGAUCUCAUGAUAAAAAAUCUUAAGAAAUUUAAAAGAACAUUAGAGAAAGAUGGUAAAAUUGAGGAAGCUAAUACGUAAUAAAAGUAAUUUAACGACUUAGUUAUAAUUUUUUUCCACUGACUUACCAUUUGCCAAGUGAAUAUCCUAUCUUUAAUGAAGAAUUUAAAAAGUAAGGUGACAAUAAAACUGCAUGGAUAAUGAAGCCAGUACAUAUUUAAAAUUAAUAAUAUUAAAUAGAUUGGCAAGUCAUAAGGAAGAGGGAUAUUCUUAUUUAAUAAAAUAUAAUAGAUUUCCUAAUGGAAGAAUUAAGUGAAAUUUAAUCCAGAAAAUCCUUCUGCAGAAUCAUAUAUAGUUUAAAGAUAUAUUGCUGAUCCUCUUUUGAUAGGAGGCAAAAAGUUUGAUACUAGAAUAUACUUAUUAUGCACUUCAUAUUCCCCUUUGACUUUAUAUUUAUAUCGUACAGGAUUUGCAAGAUUUACUCAUCAUAGAUAUGAUAAUGAAGAUAUUACUAAUACAUGUAAAAUUGCUAAUAUUUUAUAUUUAGAUGUUCAUUUAACUAAUGUAGCUAUCUAAAAAACUUCAGAAAAUUAUGAUGAAAAACUAGGUGGUAAAUGGGACUUAUAAAAAUUAAAACUAUUUCUUAUGACUAAAUAUGGUUAGGAUAAGGUAUAAGAAUGUUUUUAUAAUGUUUAAUAAUUGAUGAUUAAAUCUUUAUUAGCAGUUCAAAAAAUCAUACUUAAUGAUAAACAUUGUUUUGAACUCUAUGGAUUUGAUAUUUUAUUUGAUUCUCAACUAAAGCCUUGGCUUUUAGAAGUGAAUGCAAGGUAUUAAACAAGUAAAUUAACUAAAGUCCUUCUAUGACAUCUAAUACUCCUAUUGAUUUCGAAUUAAAAUGUGGAUUACUAGAUGAUGUUUUUACAAUAAUUGAUCUUGAAAAGAUUUUAACAGGAAAUGAAGAAUAAAUAGGAGGAUUUGAUUUAAUUUAUAAAGGAGGCCCAAUAAAAAAUAAUUAUAAUAGCUCUUAAAUAUCAUUUCUUGGUACAUUUAAUAAUAGAAAAUUACAAUUAAAAAAAUUAGCAAAGGCUUGUGGUAUGUAAAAUUAUAAAUAUUAAUAAAGCAUUGAAAUUAGCAAAUGCAAAUGAAUAAAAUUAAAUAAAGAGUUCUGAAGGGACAAAAAAAGAUAAAGAAGAAAAGGAAAAGCAAAUGAGAAGUUCUUCGAAAAGUUCUUAGAUUGCAUAAGUAGGAUUUGAUUUAAUUAUAGAAUAUAAAUAAUCCAAACAAAAUUGUAAUAUAAUAAAAAGGAGUAACAAAUAUCAAAAGAAAUUCAACUGAUCUACCAAUGUUAAUGAAUAAAUAAAAUGCUAUAAGAAAGAUGCCUUUAUAAAAUACUCAACAAAAAUAGAAAAUGUAGAUUUAAUAAUAAAAAGGGGAUUACUAAUUUUCUAAUUAGAAUAAAGUGUAUGAAUAUUAUGAUAAUAUAAGAAUAUCCUAGUUAAACAAUUCAUCGUUUAGUCCAAAUGUUAAGAUUGAGAGUGCUUCUAACCAUCAAAACAAUAAUAUACCAAAGGAUAGUUUUAGAACGUUGCCAAAGAUAGUAAAAGAUGAAUCUUACAUUUCAGAUGUUUGAAUUAGAUAUUGUAAUCAAAAACAACCUAAUUCUUUAAUAAUUAAAAAGAG